AUGUUAGGAUAUUUCUCACAUAUAAAAUAUAAUAGAAAAAAACAGAAACAAAAAUCGACACCAUAUUUCAUUAUAGAAAAUGCCGAAAAAGAACAAUUACUUUCAUCCUAUUCAUCUAUCUAUCAUAUCUUUUCACCACCACUUAAAAUUUGUAUGUUACGAAAGAUUCGUUGUCGACUACAAUCACAAACAUCCUCAUUAUCGGUAAAACCAUUCAAACAACAAUCUAUUGUUUGUUUAUUAAAUGAAUCUCAAAAUUGUUCUGAAAAAUUACCUUAUCAAAAUAAAUUUUCGAUCAAUCAUGUUAAAAAAUAUCCUAGUUUAAUUGCUAUCGAUAUUGAUAAUAAUGAUUUAUCACGAGAACAAUUCUCAAACUUUCAUUCUUCGAUAGAAAAAUCAAAAUCAAUGAAAGAAAUUCAAUUUUAUCGAAAAUCAAUUAUUAAAUUAGUUAAUAGUGAUACUUCUCAAACAGUAUCAUCACAUUAUUGUCAAUAUUCAUCUUUUUGCAUUCAAAAACAAAAAAGUGAUUCGAUAAUAUAUAUUCAACAACAAAAACAUGCUGUUGAUCAUUUAUACUAUUUCAAUUCAAAACAACAAUCAUUUCCUAACUAUUCAUCACAUAAUACUAAUUCAACAACAUAUGAUUCACCAGUAUUAAGCGAAACGAUUAUUGAUACAUUAAAUUCAGAUAGUGAAAUUUCGACUUUAGCUAAUAAAAAAUCUGAUAAAACAUGGCGACUUAAAAUUCAUGAUGAUUUAAACAAAGAUGGUAGUCGUCAUUUUGUCAUGCAUAAAGAUAGUGAAGAAUCUAUACGUAAACGUCGGGAUAAUAAACGUAUGAAACGAUCAGAAGAAAAGAAACGAAAAAUAAAAGAAAAAAUAUCAAAAGCAAAUGAACGUUGGCAAAAAUAUUCUAAUAUUGAUUAUGAACUUGUUUUUUUUAUUUCACGUUAUUAUGAUCAAUUACCGUUAUGUUCAAAUUGUCGAAAUUAUUUUAUAACUCAUCAAACACAAUUUUUAGCUGAAGAUCCACGUGCAUCAUUGGAUUAUGCAGCUGAUACUGUUCUAAAAUCUUCAAAUGAUAAAACAAUAACAAUGAAACAAGCAGCUAAAGCAAGAUUAAUCAAAGAUUAUGAUAAACAAACAGAUAUUAUAUUUCAUCUUUGUGAUUCAUGUUUAACUAAAUGUGAACAAAUUCGAAAUGAACUUAAACAAAUACGUUCUACUCAAAAAAUGUCAAAUGAAUUAAAUUCACCAAAUGCUAAUAUAAUGCCAAUGGUAGAAUCCGAAGUACAUUCACAGCAACAUACUCCUUCAUCGCCUUCUAACAUUCCCACUUUUAAUAAUCAGUUUUUUCCAUCUAUUAUUUCCUCACCUUUAUCAUCAUCACCACCACCAUUUACUACAAAUGUAGUUCAACAAGAAAAAUUAAUAUCGCCACCCUUUCAUAAUACAAUGACUGAUAUGAAUCAACUUUAUAUGAAUAAUCUAAUUCAAUAUCAUCAAAUAAAACUAGAAGAAUUCUAUCAACAAAGUCAACAUAUUAUUCUUACACAACAAAAUUAUCCAUCAACUAUUAAUGAUCAACAACAACUACAACAAAAUCUACAAUUUUGUAUACAACAAAUGCAAUAUCAUUGUUUAGAAAUAUUACAUCUUCAAUAUCCUAAUUAUUCACUUUCAUUUCCAUAUCUUCCAUCAUAUAAUUUACAAAAUUUGUCAUAUCGACAUCAACAAAUCGAAGAUAAUAGUGAAAGUUGUUCAUCUACUACUGAGAAAAGUGAUAGUAGUAUUGAUGAUAAUAAGAAAUAUUGUUCAGAUGAAUAUCAUAUAAAUGAAGAAUCAAAUGAUGAUCGGUUAACAAUAAAAACAUGUCACGGACUUGUUGAAUAUUGUAAUGCACCAUUAGAUGAUUUUAUACGUGGUAUUCAAGUAUUGAAAUGUCUUAGCACUUUUAACCGUUAUUCUUGUUGA